UUGGACUUGUUUGCAGAACUCAAGGCAAUUAUUACUUCGGGUGAAGUACCGUUCUCAAUGCCACUUGCCCCAAUCAACAAUGAGCAAGAACUUUCUGAUGACAGCACUGAUUUCGGGAUAGAGCUUCCUGGUGAAACGAACAUCAAGGACACUGUCCCACUGGAUAGUCCAACAUAUCCUUGGCCGUCAAAAGCGCAUUUCGUGACCUCACUCCUUUUCAGCUCUCCGCGUCUCCCAUUUUCUGAUGCCCAGAAGAGGGCCGUUCUCAGUUGGGCACAAGAGCUCGGCGCUCGAGAUGUCCCUUCACUUGGCGCCAUCAAAAAAUCCCAUAUGUAUCUGGAUAACAUUGUUGGCGGUUUAACGGAGAAGGUGACAGCUCGCUCUGGGAGUGUAUUCUAUAUUAAUGAUGUUGCGAAAUCAAUUGCGAAGGACUAUGCAAAUCCCCUCACUCGUUUUGCGAUGGAAGAUUAUCCGGAAGAUGGCAGGGAGGGGAUGUCGCAAGUGUUCAACGGCAAGAAGAUGUUGCUUGACCUGCCCUCACCACCCGCGGCUCGUGUGGACAGAAUGAUCUAUUUCACAGGUGAACUAUUACAGGAUGAUUCUGGAGGGUAUUUUAUACCAGAGCGCUUUUUUCAUGCC